AUGUCCCAGGCAUCUACCACACUGGAGAGUGGGGCAUUACUCUCAGGACCCCGGGGUCUUCGGCAUGGCAGCCCAGCUGACAGGAAGGAGAAGGCUGCAGCAAUGCCAGACUCUCCGGCUGAAGUGAAGCCACAGCCCCGGGCCACACCCCCCAGCAUGCCACCCCCACCUCCCACUGCAUCCCAGGGAGCCACACGACCACCCUCCUUCACACCUCACACACAUGGCGAGGAUGGGCCUGCGACGUCUCUGCCCCACGGCCGUUUCCACGGCUGCUUAAAGUGGUCCAUGGUCUGUCUCUUGAUGAACGGCAGCAGCCACUCACCCACAGCCAUCCAUGGUGCCCCAUCUACACCCAAUGGCUUCAGCAAUGGCCCAGCCACCUCAUCUACUGCCUCACUGUCCACACAGCACCUGCCCCCGGCAUGUGGGGCACGGCAGCUCAGCAAGCUCAAGCGUUUCCUCACCACCCUGCAGCAGUUUGGCAGUGACAUCUCGCCUGAGAUUGGGGAGCGUGUACGCACACUGGUGCUGGGGCUGGUGAACUCAACUCUGACGAUUGAAGAAUUUCAUUCCAAGCUCCAAGAAGCCACCAACUUCCCACUGCGGCCAUUCGUCAUCCCCUUUCUGAAGGCUAAUCUUCCACUGCUGCAGCGAGAGCUCCUGCACUGUGCCCGCCUGGCCAAGCAGACGCCUGCCCAAUACCUGGCCCAGCAUGAACAACUGCUUCUGGAUGCCAGUGCCACCUCCCCUGUCGACUCUUCUGAGCUCCUGCUGGAAGUCAAUGAGAAUGGCAAGAGGAGAACACCUGACAGGACCAAAGAGAAUGGGUCAGACCGGGACCCUCUGCACCCCGACCACCUCAGUAAGCGGUCCUGCACCCUGAGCCCUGCCCAGCGCUGCAGUCCCAGCAAUGGGUUGCCCCACCCUACACCACCCCCACCCCCACACUAUCGCCUCGAGGACAUGGCCAUGGCCCACCACUUCCGGGACUCCUACCGACAUCCUGAUCCCCGAGAGCUGCGGGAGCGCCAUCGGCCCCUUGCCAUGCCUGGGUCUCGACAAGAAGAAGUGAUUGACCAUAGGCUCACAGAACGUGAGUGGGCAGAAGAGUGGAAACACCUCAACAGUCUCCUGAAUUGCAUCAUGGAUAUGGUGGAGAAGACACGACGAUCCCUCACUGUGCUGCGCCGGUGCCAGGAGGCUGACCGUGAAGAACUCAACCACUGGAUCCGGUGCUACAGUGACUCCGAGGAAGGGAAGAAGGGCCCCACUCCCACCUCAGCCAGGCCCCUCAACAGCUGCAGUGGCCCUGAGGGGUCUCAGCUAGAUGUGCACCGGGAUUUCAUGCCCAGGACCCUCUCUGGCUAUAUGCCUGAGGAGAUCUGGAGGAAGGCUGAAGAAGCCGUGAAUGAGGUGAAGCGCCAGGCGAUGUCAGAACUACAGAAAGCUGUGUCUGAUGCAGAGCGCAAAGCCCAUGAACUCAUCACCACAGAGCGUGCCAAGAUGGAACGAGCCCUGGCUGAGGCCAAGCGGCAGGCCUCAGAGGAUGCCCUGACUGUCAUCAACCAGCAAGAGGACUCCAGCGAGAGCUGCUGGAACUGUGGACGCAAAGCCAGUGAGACUUGUAGUGGCUGUAAUGCAGCACGCUACUGCGGGUCCUUUUGUCAGCACAAAGACUGGGAGAAGCACCAUCACGUAUGCGGCCAGAGUCUGCAGGGCCCCGCAGCUGCAGUGGCUGACCCACUGCCUGGACAGCCUGAUGCUACUGCUAGCCCCAGUGAAGCCGGCUCAGCAGGGCCCUCUCGCCCCUGCUCUCCGGGCCCACCAGGCCCACUGGACGCUUCUGUGCCCCGCUGACCUCCAGAUCUGAUGCCCAGCCCAUGGACGCCAUGCCCUGCCAAUCUCCUGGCCCCACCUUGGCCCACUAGAUGCCUGGAGCUGGCCAGGUGGAGUCACUGCUGCUACUGCUUCUCUCCAAAAGAAAACACAGAUCCAACAAAACUGCAUCCAUGCAGCCUCAGCUACCUGACAAGGUCUUGCCAGGACCUCCUACAGCCUCUCUUCACAAGCAUCCUCAGAUAUCACUGCGGAGCUACAGACAGUGGCGCUGACAGAGUAUGGCCAGCUCUGCCACUGUCUGUCCCCUCUGUGUCUGUCUCUCUGUUACUGUCUAUCUCUGUUACUGCCUCUUUGUGUUUCUUGAUAUCUUGGUCUCCCUCUGUUUCCCAGCCCUGACUCUCCCUGUGUCUCUGAUCCUCUGUCUUUGUCUCUGAAGCCCACAUGCUUUCUCUGUAAUCAGAGAAACCUAAUUGGUGGCUUUUAUUUUCAGUGAAGAACUUUUGAAGAUUUUGUUUUGUUUUGUUGGCAAACAAAGCUACUUAGAAACGGUCAAAGAACUGUGGGGUUCUCCCCAUUCCUUAUUAGAAAAGGAAGAA